AGUUCUAUUUUGACAUUGUGUGGAGAAACAUUCGUUUGAAGUUCAAGACGUAGUUCCACUUAUCAGUAUAAAUACUCAAUAAAUAAUUUUAAAGUAACAUCAGAAUGAAAUUCCAAAUAAAGUUUUCAACAAAUUGUGAAACUUUCUGUGGAUUUCAACGAAAUAAAUGGACACCAUUUGGAACUCUAAACGAAUGUCUUGUGGAGAAUGUUGAAAUAGAAUCUCGAAAUGACAAAAUGUUAAGUGUUAAGACUUUUGGCCAUCCCGAUGAUGAUUUUGAUACAUUUACACCUGAGAGUGAUGAUUAUGAUAGUGAUGACGAAGAUUAUUGUUAUGACGUAAAAUCAUUUUACAUUUAUCGAUCACCGGCUUGUCAUUUUAUUCCUCAAGGAAUAUCAAACAACUUUCGAAAUUUAACGGUUUUGGUUCUUUCUUACACCGGUCUUAAGUCACUGACGAAUGAAGACCUUAAGCCUUUUAAACAACUUCGGGGGUUGUAUGUGGAUAACAAUCUCCUUGAAACAUUGGAAACAGACCUCUUCAUGUAUAAUCCAAAACUUCGAGAAAUCAGCUUUAAUGAGAACAAAAUUAAACGAAUUGCAUUUAACAUUCUUGACAAACUGGUAAUGCUUCAAAAAGCGGAAUUUUAUAGAAAUCAUUGCAUUGAUAUGGGAGCAGAAACAUUUCAUCAACUUGAAAAUCUUAAGCUUGUUUUGAAGAAGAAAUUUAAACCAAGAAAACGAAUUCUUGAGAAUUUUGAUGAGACUUUAGAAUAUUGCAAAGCACUUUACGAACAUGAAGAAUAAAAAUGGGAACUUUAAAUGACCAAAU